UGCCACUCCUAAAUUUAUUCCCCCCUAUUCUUAACCAAUACACACCAUCAUAAUAAUACACUACAAAGGCAAUAAACAACAUCCCCUUCUCUCCCCUUCCUCUUCCUCUCUUUGUACAGAGUCAAAAGCAAAAAUAGAGGGGUUGUUCAAGAAUGAGAGAGAAGAAGAGGCUCUUGAUGAAGAGGCUAUCGAUACUUUUCUUGCUACUGGCUUUGUGCAAUGCAAUUGAGCAGUCCUCAACUGAUGGAGAGUGCCAGCUAUUUAAACCCCUCCAACCACGACCUCACAGUGUGUCCGUUUUGGAAUUUGGAGCAGUUGGGGAUGGAAAAACAUUAAACACGAUAGCAUUUCAGAAUGCAAUUUUUUAUCUCAGGUCCUUUGCAGACAAGGGAGGUGCCCAACUAUACGUCCCUGCUGGUCGAUGGCUAACAGGAUGUAUUAAUCUUACAAGUCAUCUUACCCUCUUCUUGGAAAGAGAUGCCGUCAUUCUUGGAUCGCAGGUCUCAAUUUAGUUUUCUUCUGUUGCAAGUAAAAGAACUAUUGCAGUUGGAUCAAUUACUUAAUACUGCUGGUGCUAUUAUUUAAGAAGCCUUACCUUUGAGGGUCUGGUAUAGGAUUUGACAUUUUAACUAAAAUGAGUUUAGGACAGAGUACCUGGUGCUCAUUUUGUUAAUUAGAUCUUCAAUACAGCCUACAGGAUCCCUGGGGUAUAUAUCAAAGAUGUGUUAUCUCAUAUCUGCAAAUACUCCUUUUUCGUGUGUAGAUUUCUUUUUCCCCUUUUCAUAGGCUGAAUAACUAGAUCAUGUAAACGAUUUGUUUUAGCGGUGCACUAGUAAUUUUGUUUGUGUUAAACUUAUUAUCGUGGUAUUCUGCCAUCAAGUAAUGAAUUUACCCCUGCAAACUUUACUUUUGAGGGGACUUUCUUCUUUGACGUCAUUCUUAGUUUUCCUUACCGACUAAUUUCUGUAAAGUUGCUUAUGUUCUUAUAUAAAUAGAGAAGUAAUAUCAUGCGUUACUAGGUGUUUUUUACUUUAGUUCUGAUAUGAUUGCUUACCUUCUUUUUCAGGACCAUACCCACUGGGAUUUAGUUGAUCCAUUACCAUCAUAUGGUCGAAGUAUUGAAGUGCCAGGUGGUCGAUAUCGCAGCUUGAUUACUGCAAAUAAUUUAACUGAUGUGGUGAUAACAGGCAACAAUGGUACAAUUGAUGGUCAGGGUUCAGUGUGGUGGGAGCAAUUCAAUGCUCAUUUGCUAAAUUACAGUAGACCGCAUUUGGUUGAAUUUCUGGGCUCUACCGAUGUUGUAAUUUCCAAUUUGACCUUUUUAAAUGCCCCUUCCUGGAAUAUUCGCCCCGCAUAUUGCAGUAAUGUGCUGGUUCAGAACAUAACGGUAUACGCUCCACCAGAGUCUCCAUAUACUAGCGGAAUAGUCCCAGAUUCUUCAGAACACGUAUGCAUCGAGAGCAGCAACAUUAGCAUGGGUUUUGAUGCGAUAGCUCUCAAAAGUGGCUGGGAUGAGUAUGGUAUCUCCUAUGGAAAACCAACAAGAAAUGUUCAUGUACGGCGGCUCAACCUGCAGUCAUCUGAAGGCGCAGGAUUGGCAUUUGGAAGUGAGAUGUCUGGUGGAAUUUCUGAUGUACUCGUGGAGCACCUUUAUGUUCACGACUCAUUAGCAGGCAUUGAGCUUAAGACGGCGAAAGGAAGGGGCGGUUACCUUAAAGACAUUCUCAUAUCAGAUGUGGAAAUGGACAGCGUUCAGAUAGGGAUAAAUGUGACAGGUCAGUGUGAUUCACAUCCAGACGACAAAUAUGAUCCUUCAGCUUUGCCUGUCGUAGGUGGAAUAGCCUUUAAGGACAUAGUUGGCACAAAUGUCACCAUAGCAGGAAGUUUUACGGGGAUACCUGAAUCUCCCUUUGCUCCAUUCUGCCUUUCAAACAUCUCUUUUUCUGUCACGUCCGACCCUUCUACAUCAUGGAUAUGUUCAGAUAUAUCAGGUUCCUCUGUUGAUGUCUCGCCUGAACCCUGUUCCGACCUCCAAAAAUCAUCUCCAAGUCCCACGUCCUGUUUCUUCCAGUUAAAUAGUGAUCUAGUCUCAAGUUCAUAAUACUAGUGCCAAAAAAAAAUCCAAAUUAUUUUAUCACCAUUUAUAUCAAAUCCUAAGAGGGUUCCAACAUACUCGCCGGUGUAUAAUCUUCCAAUAAAAUGCAAAAGCUAGGAGCUUUCAGAGUCUCAUCAUCCUCAUCAACAUCAUCACUCAUCACUAUUCGGGUUCAGUGCUUCUGUUCUGGAGAGCAGAUGCGCCCCCGAAAGUGGUGCUUUCGCCAUGUCAAAAUCCCAUGUUCUUCCCCCCCCACUGUACAGCAUUCAAUAUCUUCAUUCACUUUGUAAGAAAAAGUUUUGGUAGUGCAGUACAAUUCGGUCGGAUACCCAUUGUGUUUCUAUUGUAUUUCAUCUCAUUCCAUUUUUUCUUUUUGGGGUUAUUAUAUCUUACAUUGUAAAUUUGGGCACUGGAAGUGGGAAGUCAAUCACUUCCAGAUUUGUUUGUUCAGAUGAUUAAGAAAAGUUUUCUAUAGUGGAGUGAUUUUUUCUUUCCCUAUGUUUUCAUUUCAUAAAAUUUCCCAAUUUUCCACUGGAACUCUGUUCAUUAAAAUCCUUCCUAAUACUGCUUAUUGUUUCCCUGAUUGACCUAAAAGAUGUAUAAAUGUCCAGAAUUUGAGAAAAUGAUGCUACUACAGUUUUUAGUCGAUCGAUCAUCGGAUUAGAUAGAUGCACUGGUUAAUACAUCAGCUUCAGGGAAAAGAUAAAACUUCAAUCCUAUGAUCCUAUCUAUAUAUACAAUCAUUAAUCAACAUUUCAAUCCCUCUCAUAGAUGAGAUAAAACCAUUGUUUUACAACCUUAUAGUUGGGGCUACCAUCACCAUCGCCAGAUCAUAUCACCAAUCA